CUCCGGGCUGCCAAGCUAAGAAAAAUGCCGGGCGAUGGAUUCACCAUUAAAAGUCGCAUUAGGAAGUUUCUGCGUUCUCCGUCCGCCGGAAAGAACUGCAAAGAAAAUCUCACCAGCAAGGUGACUCUAGAGAAAGUGUUGGGCAUCACCUCUUCAGGAAACAGCGCUCUGGCCUGCGACCCUCGAUCCGGACUUGUGGCCUAUCCUGCAGGGUGUGUGGUAGUCUUACUGAACCCCAAAAAGAACAGGCAGCACCACAUUAUCAACACUUCAAGGAAAACCAUCACAGCUCUGUCUUUUUCCCCUGACGGCAAACACUUGGUGACAGGAGAGAGCGGUCACCUACCGGCGGUGAGAGUAUGGGACGUGGCAGAACGGAAGCAAGUGGCUGAGCUCCAGAAGCACAAGUACAGCGUCUCCUGCGUGGCUUUCUCCCCCAAUGGCAAAUACAUAGUCAGUGUAGGAAAUCAACAUGACAUGAUGGUCAACGUCUGGGCGUGGAAGAAAGAUGUAAUAGUGGCCGCUAACAAGGUGUCCAGUAAGGUGAAAGGUGUGUCUUUCUCCGAGGACAGCUCCUACUUUGUCACAGUGGGGAACAGGCAUGUCAAGUUCUGGUAUCUGGAUCACUGCAAGGCCAACAAGGCCAGCGCUCCUGUGCCUCUGCUGGGCCGCUCCGGGCUGCUGGGACAGCUGAGGAACAAUUUCUUCUGUGAUGUUGCUUGUGGACGUGGCUCUAAAUCAGACUCCACUUUCUGCAUUACUUCCUCUGGCCUGCUGUGUGAGUUUAACAGCAAGAGGAUGCUGGACAAGUGGGUGGACCUUCGGACCGGGCUGGCUCAGUCGCUCUCUCUGUCUGAAGAUAUGAUCUUCUGCGGCUGUGCCGAUGGAACGGUGCGAGCCUUCAGACCCGCUGACUUGCACUUCGUGUGCACGCUGCCGCGGCCGCACCCCCUCGGCUCUGACGUCUCCUCCAUGACUGAGGCCAGUCAUCUGUUCAACGCCGCAGCGGAUGCCCGUUACCCAGACACCGUGUUUCCAGAUGUUCCAGAAGAAGUGGCUUCUGGUUUGUCAUCAGGCGCGUUCCUCACUUGUUCAGCUGAUAACACCGUGAGAGUGUGGCGCAUGGACGACUGGACACAAACUCAUCCUCCAAACAUCCUGAGCCAAGAUCUUUUGAAUAUAAUCUACAUCGACGGGAACGCCAGCACCUUGCUGGAUUCAGAGUGUGUAACGAGUGCGAAUUCAGAGGUCAAGUCGGGGGAUGGACAGACAGCGGAAACCAGGACGGGCAUCAGGACCAUCUGUGUCAGCCCGGACGGCAAACACCUGGCAUCUGGAGAUCGCAACGGCAUGCUGAGGGUUCAUGACCUCAGCAGCAUGAAGGAGAUUCUUAAGGUGGAAGCUCAUGAUGCUGAGAUCCUCAGCCUCGAAUACAGUAAACCAGAAACAGGUCUGAAGCUGCUGGCCACAGCCAGCAGGGAUCGUCUGAUCCACGUCUUGGAUGCAGAAGACGACUACAGUGUUACAUAGAAGAUGCCAGAACACGAAGCUAACUCAAUAACUGCAGAGCUCCAAACCUCUUCCAAUGACAACAAGGUGAGAAUGAUCAGCUGUGGGGCAGACAAGAGCAUCUAUUUCCGCACAGCGCACAAGACCGACAGAGGAACAGAGUUCAGGCGUUCCCACCACAUGGUGAGGAAGACCACGCUUUACGACAUGGACGUAGACGCCACCUGCAAGUACGCCGCUGUUGGCUGUCAGGACCGCUGCAUCCGGAUUUUCAACAUCAGCAGCGGCAAACAGAAAAAACUCUACAAAGGAUCUUUGAGUGAAGAUGGAAGUCUGCUCAGGGUUCAGAUCGAUCCCUCUGGUCAAUACGUGGCCACCAGCUGCUCCGAUAAAACCAUCAGCAUCUUUGACUUCUACACCGGGGAGUGUGUGGCCACUAUGUUUGGACAUUCUGAAAUCGUCACUGGGAUUAAGUUUACCAGCGAUUGCCGGCAUUUGAUUUCUGUAUCGGGAGAUAGCUGCAUCUUUGUGUGGAGGCUGUCCCCGGAGCUGACGAUCACCAUGAGAGAGAGGCUGCACCAGCUCAGAGAAAACCCAAACACGCCACCCAGCAAAACCUCCAGUCUCAGGCGUGAGGUGUACAGCGCUCCCGCUCUGGGGGGUCUGUCCUCUGACAGCGACCGUGAACACGAGGAGGACGACAGCGCGGCGAACGACGAUGCCAAUGACCCCGAAGACAACGCGACCCAUUCUUCUUCCGCCAGCAGCCACGAAGAGGAGGACACAGGAGGCUCAGAUGAAGGACAGGACUGGGAGCUGACAAAGCAUGGAGUCGUCAGCCAAGUCAUCCCCGAGUCCUCAAAGCGUCCCCGGAGGCGUUGGUCUCAUCGUAUGGGCUCAUUGGAAGUGAUGGUUAAAUCCAUGCUGGACCUGAGGCAACUGGAAACCUUUGCUCCGCAGAAAAACCCCAGCUUCCCCCCACAUGACAGAGAGAGGCAGAGCUCGCUCGGCCUCCGAGAGCCUGUGAUGGGAGAGAGACCCAGGAGACAUCGACCCUGGCCGGACGCCGACUGGCUGUCCUCGCACACUUCCAGGGACACCGAGGGGACAGAUGUGCUCUAUCCUGAGGAAAAGGAGGACGACACAAGUCCUCUGGGCAGCGAUUACUGCAGGAUGCAAGGACGAGGGAUCCGUAGCGAGAGCCAGGACAGCCGCAGCCCAGAUAGCGCUUGCUCUUUGGAUUAUGACAGCAGAGAGUCCAGCCCAGAUCAUAUUUUGGAUGAUCCUGCAGAGGCAGAGUAUCUGAGUCAGGACAGCUCGGAUGAGGAGAACGACGAGAAGGAGGAGGACGAGGAGCGAAGGGAAGGGGUGACGAGCAUGGACGAGGCUCUCAGGACAAUAACGGACGGUGGCGGAUGCGAUCGAGCGGAUUUCCUCAAGCGGAACUUUGAGACGCUGUCGGAUGGCUGCACUACAGCUGAGCAGAGCAGCGUCCCGAGGCUCAGUAUGUCUUCACGCUUCCUGGCCGGAGGACAUAAUAACCGAGACGUGCUUCUGUUUGCCAAAGCGAACGGGAAGGAACAAGGCGGCCGCUCCAUUAAGCCCCCGGUGUCAAAAGUGCGGCCCUUGAUGGAAGAUGGCGUAGGCGGGAACGCAGAAAAUCAGAGUCCCAUGUCCCCUGGAAAAGCUCAAGGGCCAAUCAGGGCUCAGGAGAGAAGCAGUCCUCCUGCGCUUAGACCUCAGAAGAAGGCAGGGUCCCACCUCUGGAGGUUUUCUAAUCCUUCCCCCAAAGCUUCGCUGCUGCUGGACAGGACGUGCAUCCAAAAAUCGCACUCUGCCCAGGACUUGGCCACGCGCUCUCUUUCCUCCCCUCUGCCCUCUAGUGACCAGAUGGAGUUGCACAAGAGACCUCAGCAGCUUUUCCUCAAUGAACCCUCUCCCAGACCUUCCUCGUGCUUUUCUUCACACUCCUCUGGGUCCCCACAGUCAUCCCAGUCCCCACUUCCGUGGGAGAGCCCUAAACUCAAGCCCCAGCACUCUUACAUGAACCCCACUGCUAGCUCUGUGGCAAAAAACCGGUCCUCCUCUUUUGGAGAUGCCGUCCAUAUAAUGACCCCGCCAGGCUCCCCCUUCUUCUCCAAGAGGAGGAGGUCGUCUGUGGAGGUAGAAACUGAGCCUCCCGUGCUCGCCUCAUCUCCUGUCCUGAUUUUCCCACCCUCUGCGCCGUCAAAAUCGUCCCUUCCACUAUUAAACAGUCCCUCCUUGACUCCACCUCAUCCUACAGUCAGCCAGAACGUCCCUCCUUCUCGCAUCCCACUUCCUAAGCAGCCGCUCAGCCCUCGACGCAGCCUGUGCCUGGAGGUGAAGCCAAGCUCAAGUUGGUCUGGAAGUAUCAGCAGGGCUUCUACUCCUACAACAGACCCCGGAUGUCACCAUAGAGCUACUCCACUAAACAAACAAGCAUUAGGCAGGCACCUGUCUCUAAGUUUGGAUUCCUCUUUGCCUGUGAAGCAGAAAAGGGACUCAGUUUCUGAGAGUGCCAAGGAGCCAGGUCAGGUGGCUGUAGCUAAAGAGUGCCCUCUGGUGCCUGAACAGGCCCACACAUCAAGCCCACAGCCAGAUCGCUCAGUCACCUUGGAAACUUGUAGGCAGGUUGUUACCGACCUUCACAGCAGUCUGCGGAAAACUGUCAUGUUAUACACUACGGUCAGUGUGUGCGUCUGA